AUGUCUGAAAACAUAAAUUUACAAAAUAUCAAAAUUGUUAAUAAAACAACAGAAAGAUAUAACUAUCCUGUUGUAUUUUAUCUUUGUGGAUCUUCUGAAAGUGGAAAAUCUAAAUUCGUUACUGAAUUAUUUGGUGAUAAAUUAUACUACAAACCAAAAAAAGCAAAAUUAGAACCUGACUAUUGGACUGGUUACAAUGGACAAGAAUUUGUAUUAUUUGAUGAAUAUAAUACAAAAAUUUAUUGGACGUCUCUUGUUUAUCUUUUAAAUGAUGAAAAAACUUUUAUAGAAAUUAAUCCUAAUGAAUCGAUUUCAUUUCUUACAAAAUAUAUUUUUAUUACAGAUAAUGAAUUACUUGAUAGAAGAAAUUAUACUGGUCAAUUUUUAUAUACUCAUUUAAAUUAUAUCAUUGAAUUUACUGGUGAAUGGAAUGAUAAUAUAAAAAGAAGAACAACAAAAAUGAUAUUUCACAAAGUACAUAAUAAAAAUAUCGAUGGUCAUAUUGUGAUGAAUAAUAGAAAAGUUUAUUUCCGACAAGAUUUUCCAGAUUAUAUGAAAAAAUAUCUUUUAGAUUUUCCUAAUUCAAAAUCAUUGUUUGAAUACAAAAAUAAAGAAGAACAAAAGGAAUUUUUGAAAUCAAUUAUUAUUAAAUUAGAAAAUUAUAGUGACUUACAAAAAAUGUGUUUUUUUGAAAAAAAUGAUGAAAUAUUAAAUCUUGAUGAUUUUUAUUAUGAACAAGAUGGUAAUUCAUGUUCACCACGAAUUACUAUGACUAUUAAAGAAAGAAAAUGGUUUUUAAUCGAUAAUGAUUUGACUUAUAAUUUUUAUUAUAAAAAUCAAAAAUUUUUAAAAUUGAAACCACGUCAAUAUGAAAUUAGUCACUGUGGAAUAAAUAGAACUAAUAAUUAUAUUUUUUUCAUGUGUGAAAAUAAGAAAAUACAAAAUAUUCCAAAUUCAUAUACAUGUGAAUUCAACAGAAAAUCUUUAGAGAAAAAAAUUGUUAAUGGAAUUGAAUGUUUUGAAAUAAUUGAUACUGGUGUAUAUAUUAUCUAUAGAGAUUCUACAGUUUAUGAUAGAUUAAUUAUUGCUGAAAUUCGAACUUAUUAUCACAAUGAAGAUGAUGAUAUUGAAAAUUUUACUAUUUCAUAUAUUUAA